AUGAAGGAAAAGGAUGCGCGAAUAAAGUUCCGUCAAAUUGUAUCCGCCGUGCAAUAUUGCCACGCCAAGAACAUUGUACACCGUGAUCUCAAGGCGGAAAACCUCCUGCUUGACGAAUCAAUGAACUUGAAGAUCGCGGACUUUGGGUUUUCUAAUAACUACUCUUCUGGACGCAAGCUGGAUACCUUCUGUGGUUCACCGCCCUAUGCUGCUCCAGAACUUUUCCUUGGUCGCAAGUACGAUGGACCGGAAGUGGAUGUUUGGUCACUUGGUGUCAUUCUCUACACCCUGGUCUCAGGAUCUCUUCCUUUUGAUGGAAAAAAUCUCAAAGAAUUGCGUGAAUGCGUUCUCCGAGGUUCCUAUCGUGUGCCCUUCUACAUGUCUCACGAAUGUGAAAUGCUUCUCAGAAAGAUGCUCGUUCUCAACCCCACUAAAAGAGCCUCCCUUCUUGAGAUUAUGAAGGACAAGUGGUUGAACACUACUUUUGAAGACAAUACUCUACAGCCUUACAAAGAAGACCUUCCCAAUUACAAUGAUCCCGAGAGAAUUCGGAAGGAUUCUUGA